GCUGGGUGCCGAACGGUUGGAGCCGGAGGCGGCAGCGAGGCAUGAUUCAGGAGUAAAGGAUAUCAAUGGCAGAUUCGUCCAGUGACUCAGACACCUUCCGUCGUAGAGCUGGGAGACGUUGUCCAGUAAGGGCAUCUUGCAGUAGAAUCCAAAAUCGUGGUGCUGAAGAUGUUACUGAGAAGAUCCAUACUCUAGCAAGCACUUUACAGGAUACCAAUCGGAACUUGAGGCAUGUGGACCAGAUGCUGGGCCAGUACCGUGAAUACAACAGUGAACAGGCAGAAGCAAUUGCAAAUCUUAAAGAAACUCUGGAACAGUCUAUAGGCCAACUAAGGAGUCAACGAUUAUCAAGAAACUCUGGAGUAAGAAGUGCAUCUCUUUCUAGCUUAUAUGCAAGCGACUUAGAUGGUGGAGCUCCGGAAAACUGCCAGUUCCAGCCUACCUCUCCUCACAGGGAUUACAGUGAGACACUGGGGACACGAUGCCGGAGGUCAAGGUCUGCUGUCCGUUUUAUUGACCAGGCUGAAAAUGUAGACCAGUUACACACUCUGCACCAGUCGCUCAGAGAUCUCAGCAGUGAACAAAUCCGUUUGGAGGAAGAUUUCAGCAGAGAGCUUUCAAGAAGAAAUCGAACUGAUGCAGAGACAAAAAGGGUGUUGGAGGAGCUGUCUGAGAGACUUGGUGAUUCCCAAAGGCAAGAAACGGUGUCUGACCGAGUAGAGAGGAGGCUUCAGGCGAUAGAACGAGAAAUCCACGCAGAAAGGCAGAUGGUAGAAAGACGCCAGGAUCAGCUGGGACACAUGUCAGUGCAUCUGCAGGAGGCUUUAAAACAACAAGAUGCUAAAGUGAAUGAAGCAGAAAUCCUCUUGAAAAAUAAACUGCUGAAAACUGAAGAUGAAAAAAGUAAACUUGAGCUGGAACUGGAGCACUCCCGGAGGAAACUGGAUCAGUCGGAAUACAGCCGAGAAGCCCUUCUCCACCAGAUUGAGGAUCUCCGUUCCCAACUCCUUAGAGCAGAAGAGGAGCAUCUGCGUUUACAGCACCAAAUCUCUCAAGUUGCCACGCAUCACCAGAGCCAUCGCAAUGAGCAGGAGGUUGACAGGAGGAAGCACAGAGUUGUUGAUCAGGAUAAACAAGAUAUGGAGAAACAGAUCUGGGAGCUGAGAGCAAAGCUCAGUCAUAGUGCUGUCAUGUCAGAGAUAGAGGAGUUAAAGCGAUGCAUUGAGCGCAAGGACAAAGAGAAGGCACAACUUGCAAUGAAAAUAGAGGUUCUGACAUCUGACUUGGAAAAGAGGGAGGACCAGCAGCAAAGGAUGCUGAGCCAGCUGAAGGAGAUUCAGAGUAACUACAAGGCCUGUGAAAACGAUUGCAGAGCUGCUGAGCGCCAGGUUGCGGAGCUGGCUCAGCAACUAGAUGAGUCGGUUAAGGAAGCUGAGAGGUAUCUUGCUGAAUUUAGACAAUCUGAAGUACUCAGACUAGAGAAUGAGAAGAAGAAGGAGGAGUUAAAACUGAAAGCGCAGGAAUCUAUUAAACAUUGGAAGCUGAAAUGUAAAAAACUGGAACAUGAAAUAGAAAAACAGACUGAAAUUCACACCCAGUUGAUGGAGAAGAACAAUCUGGCCCUUAAAGAAAAGGAUGACUUGAAGGGUCAGCUUCUUUCAGCCAUGCACCAAAUGGAAAAUCUUCAGAAGGAACUGAAUGAUGCACUUGAAAAGCGGGCCAAGCAAGAAGAGGAGCUGCAUUGUAAAGAGAAGAAGCUGAAUGAAGCCAGAUCUCUGCAGAUGGCUCUGGAACAAGAGAUUGGGGAAGUUCGAGAAACUGCAGACAAACUGGACAGUGAGCUGCAAAAGCAGAGCCUAGCACAGAGCCAGAUGAGAAGUGAUAAACAGCAUUUAGAAGACGAGCUUGCCACUAUCAAUAUGAUCCAUGAAAAAGACCAGGGAAGACUCUUGGAGAUGCAGGCUGUUAUAAAAAAUCUUAGUACCAUUCGGGCCGAGCUGACCAACCGAAUAGCGGAAGAGGAAAAAGCCAAGAAGGAGAUGCGCAAGAGCCUGCUGGAGCUCCAGAAGCAGCAGGAAUCUAAUCAGGAGGAGAUGACUGCACUCAGCAAGCAACUGAAGUUGGAGAGAGAUGUUCACCAGCAGGAACUGGCAGAACUACAGUCAGAGUUGCAGUGGGCCAAAACCAAGCAUGAGCAACAGGUCCAAGAGAUGAUGAAGCGUUUUAGUCAAGAAAAAGAGGACUCAGCUGCUCACAUUGCAAAACUAAAGGCAGAACUUGUGGAAGAAAGAAAUUUGAUAAAAGCUCAGCGUCGACAGGUGGAGAAGAUGAAAAUAGAAUGUGAUAAAUUAACAGAGGAACUAACGCAUAAGGAAGAAGACAGUGUAAAAUUUAGGCGAAAAUAUCAACUGAUGAAACAGGAACUAGAUGACAAGGAUAAAAGGAUAAAUAAUGAAGAAGAUAAUCUAAGAGGGAUGGAGGAGGAAAGAUUGCGACUUCAUGACCAACUGUGUUGUCUUCAAAACGAACAGGAAUCCAUCUUUUCUAUGAUUGGAAGUGAAAUUGACGCUGCUUGUGAAAUCUUCUCUAGGGACUCAUUGGAGAAAUUCAAAGCAAUAUCACUUAUGCCAGGGGUACAAAAUGACCCUCAUCGGUGGCUAGCAGAAACAAAGACAAAACUUCAGUGGUUAUGUGAAGAAGCGAAGGAGAGAGAGGCCAAAGAGAAGAAGCUGCGGCGUCAUCUGCUACAGAGUCGAGAACAGCUGAAGCACCUUACCUUGAGUAAAGAGUCGGAACGGCAAGUUCUCAUAGGUCAGCUGGAAAAGCAGGAGCAACUCUUGGAUGAAGUUCAUGAAGCAAAAAGAGAUCUACUAGAGAAGACUCUCAGGAAGGAGGAAGAAAUAAGUGCCCUGCAGGAGCGCAUAGCGGCAUUAGAAACAGAUGGAGUUCACGCAGAUGCAAGUAUAUCAACAAAUAGUACUCGAGUGGCCUUAGAUCACCUAGAGUCUGUUCCUGAGAAACUGAGCCUUUUAGAAGAUUUUAGAGAUUUUGGAAAUUCUUCUGAUCGGGCAGAAAUGAUUGGAGAGAGAUACACUAAAUAUAAGGAAAUCAUGGGUUCUUUGCAGCAGCAUCUGGAAGAUUCAAAGCGCAGACUCAGAGAAUUCAGGGAUAAGAAAACUGAGGCUGAUAUUUCUGCCAUACACAGUGCUUCUUCCAACUGGCGGACCAGUGCCAACUUUAUGUCCAGCUCCUUGCUUUCUACUUCAGGAUUAUUGACCAAAAGUGCUCUUCCUUUGGAUUUAAAUGCAGCUAAGAAAGAUGCCCUCAGUGCAACCGUCAAUGGGAUGAAGUUCCAAAUGGAACAAGAGAAGUACUAAGAACAACUAAGGAAUACGCGAUUUCACUGCAAGAAAUACAGCUGUGCCCACUCUCUGCUUCUGAGGCAGUCGAGUCCAGGUGUAUUUACAAAAGCAACGCCGAUUCCUUGGUUUUACUGAUGCCAAAUAUUAACUGUGACAUCAUCAUGUUGGUGUACAUAAAGACGAGUGAUGCGUGAAUAUUCAACGUACUGAAAAAUGCCAAAGUAUCUUGUGGUAGGAAGCGCUGUUCCCCUCUGCUUUGUUUCUGUUCAGUUCCAACCAAGCCCUUCAGUUCCUCAGUGCCAAAUGUAGACUGCUUUUAUUGAGUCUUUUCUUUUAAACCCUGCAAUGUAUAACUUAAAUCUGUUUUAACUUCAAAGAUGUGGUGAUAUUUUGGUUGAACAAUGUAAUAUAAGCACAUUUUUGAUAAUCAGGAAAUGGUUAAUAGAAAUUGCAUUGUGUGUAAAUAAGUUGUUUUCUAAAUUUAGUAUGCCAGCCCAUGUGCAUAUAAUAGCAUUUUCACAACAGAGGUGCCUCAAAUGAUGCAUUAUGCAGUGAUUACAUUAUUGUGCUUAAUAAUAGAAGUGGUUUAUAUCAGAAACAAUGAACUGUAUUUCCUUCUCUAUGGGGAAAGUUCAGAUUCCAUUCUGUAUCUCACCCUGUUUGGGAAUGGUCUGUUUGUUGAUCCAAGUUCAGCAAAGAACAUAUCUUAACCUAAAUUUCCCCCAAACUGGAGGAAAUGCAGUUAACUGCUUGUUAUAAGCCACCUCUGGUACUAAGCAUUAAAAUAACGCUCCCCAAACAUUCUAAUAAUAAUGUAAUUCCAUGUGUUUAAUUCCAAUUUGGGAAUGUAAAUCUGGAGUCACAAUAUCACAUUUUGUCCUACAAACUUACCAGAACCACCUUCUUAAGAACCACUGGUGGGAGAAGUUGGCUUGAAUGAGACAAAGCCUUUUAAAAAGCAGUUUCUAAUAAUCACAUCAUUUCCACUCCCGCAAUCUUAAGUUUAUUAAACUGUCACCUUCACUUUAAAGUGUUAAUGACAAUGUACAGUAUUUUAGCCUUAUUUUGUGGUCUCCACUGAUGCAAUCAGAUUGUUUCCUUUCUUGUCCUUUCUAAUAAACUCCUGAAGCAGCCUCAUUUUCACCUG